AUGACAUUUGCUAUUGAGCCCUGUUUCCCGGCAGAUGCCCCUGGCCUUGCCACUGCCAUGAUGAGCGCCCGUCUCACAGAUCCCCAUUGGGUAAAACAAUGGGAAGACAAUGUUCUUCCUAACGACAUAAUUACCAAAGCCAUCGACCGCGUCCCUUGGAACCUGAUCAGUGGACGAGAGACCAAACGACAUCAAAAAGUGAUUGACGUCCGCUCGGGCGAAAUCGUUGGAUACGGGCGGUGGCUACUCCCUCCUCAUCUAGCGAGAAAUGAUGUCUGGCAAGAAGCCCAAGUAGCCGAGGUCACAUCUGAUGAGCGAGCAGUUUUUGAAAAGCUGGCUCAAGCAUACACGAAAAACGGUCGUCCCAUCGGCCUCAAGUCUGGGGCAGAGAUGAAUUACAGAAGUGCACCCCUCGAGGCUGCUGAUGAGCGGGUCACGCGAGAUGGUCCAUUCCUAACGCUGGACUAUUUGACCACGACCCCUUCUUAUUGGCGGCGUGGUGUUGGAACGAUGCUGGUUGAAAGUGGGUUGCAAAUUGCCGAUCAGUAUAAAUUGAAGACAUAUGUUAUGUCGGAGCCGGCCGCAUUGAAACUAUAUCUUAAUCUUGGGUUUAAGCUAGUAGAGACAGUGUCUACUGAUUAUUCCCAGUAUGGAGGGUUGGAGCCUAUGGUGCACCAUUUUCUGGUUCGCGAGCCUUCGAUAUAG